CUCUCUUCUUCUUCUUCUUCUUCGAGGACAUAGCCUUUUUCAUGGUGAAAGCACCAAUCUUUUUCAUGCUUCACAGUCUGGCUUCGAUCUCGGAACUCCAGGAACGACACCCACUUGUGCUUUCUCGUUGAAUCUCUCUUUCUCUCUUUCUUACUUCACUUGUUGCGUCUUUUCGUUCUCUUUCUGGGUUAUCUUGGACCCGCAUUGUUCAUCUCUCAGCUUCGCCUUCACAGUUCCUCAGGCCCUGACAGCUACAUUCCGACGGACACCUUAUUUAUAUUUGGCGUAGCGUGAGAGUGUGCAUGUCUGCUUUCUCUUUCGCUUGCAACGAUUAGUAAAAGAGAGAGCGAGUUUAGUGCAGAGGCGGGGUUCCAGUGCGGGGCGGUGCAUUGAUACAUCCUGUGCGGUCGGUGCGGUCACGCACGCUCUGAGGCCCGGAUCGCAUGGAUCUAUCGGCGGCUAUCCUUUUCCUUUCGGCGUUCGCGGCCUAUCUGUUGUGGUUCAAGCUCAUCUCCGCGUCCCUCAGCGGUCCACGUGUCUGGCCCCUAUUGGGCAGCCUCCCGGGCCUCAUCAGGAACGCGGCACGGAUGCACGACUGGAUCGCGGACAACCUCCGGGCCGCCGGCGGCACGUACCAGACGUGCAUCUGUCCCGUCCCCCUCCUCGCCCGGAAGCAGGGCCUGGUGACGGUCACGUGCGACCCCAAGAACCUGGAGCACGUCCUCAAGGCCCGGUUCGACAAUUACCCCAAGGGCCCCACGUGGCAGGCCGUGUUCCACGACCUGUUGGGCGACGGGAUCUUCAACUCCGACGGCGACACGUGGAAGAACCAGCGCAAGACCGCCGCGCUCGAGUUCACCACCCGGACGCUCCGCCAGGCCAUGUCCCGGUGGGUAAGCCGGGCCAUAAAGCACCGGUUCUGCCCCAUCUUGAAGGCGGCGCAGCUCGAGGGCAGGUCGGUCGAUCUCCAGGACCUCUUGCUCCGGCUCACCUUCGACAACAUCUGCGGCUUGGCCUUUGGGAUGGACCCGGAGACGCUGUCCCUAGGCCUCCCUGAGAACGGCUUCGCCACGGCCUUUGACCGCGCCACCGAGGCCACGCUGCAGCGGUUCAUCCUGCCCGAGUUCAUAUGGAAGCUCAAGAAGUGGCUCCGCCUUGGGAUGGAGGUCAACCUGAGCCGCAGCCUGGAGCACAUUGACGCAUACUUGUCCGACAUCAUCAGCACGCGCAAGCAAGAGCUGGCGAGUCAGCAACAGGUCGGCACCGGCGGGCCCCAGCACGACGACCUGUUGUCCCGGUUCAUGAAGAAAAAAGAGUCCUAUUCGGACAAGUUCCUCCAGCAGGUGGCGCUCAAUUUCAUCCUAGCUGGGCGGGACACGUCAUCGGUCGCGCUGAGCUGGUUCUUCUGGUUGGUCAGUCAGAACCCGAGAGUGGAAGAGGAGAUCCUCAUCGAAAUCUGCACAGUUCUCAUGGACACACGUGGCAGCGACCCCGCCAAGUGGGUGGAGGAGCCGCUCGUGUUCGAGGAAGUCGAUCGGCUGAUUUAUCUAAAGGCAGCACUGUCAGAAACCUUAAGGCUCUACCCAUCGGUGCCACAGGACUCGAAGCAUGUCGUUGCUGACGACGUCCUUCCGAGCGGGGUAUUCGUGCCGGCCGGCUCGUCGAUCACAUACUCAAUAUACUCGGUCGGACGGAUGGAGUUCAUCUGGGGACCGGACUGCCACGAAUUCAAGCCGGAGAGGUGGUUGUCUUCUGAUGGCAAGAGGAUUGAAUUGCAAGACUCUUACAAAUUUGUGUCGUUCAAUGCAGGACCGAGGCUUUGCCUUGGGAAGGAUUUGGCCUAUUUGCAGAUGAAGUCGGUGGCGGCAGCUGUAUUGCUGCACCACCGACUAAUGGUUGCGCCUGGUCACCGCGUCGAGCAAAAGAUGUCGUUGACAUUGUUCAUGAAGUAUGGCCUAAAAAUGAAUGUCCACCAGAGAGAACUGAGGCCUAUCUUGGCAAAGAUAACCAAGAACAACGAUGAUUUGUGUGGGAAAGCUGGUCUGAGCAAUGGACAUUUUCCAGCAGCAGGCGAGGUCAAGAUGGUCAAUGGGGUAGCUUAACCCAUGGCAUUAUUUUGGGGUUUUGGCUCAUGAUUUUGUGAAUACUAAGUGCAAAUGGUCAUGAAGGCUCUCAUAUGAUUGUCUUUUGCUGGAAGUCAUUCAUAAAUAGCAGAUGGCUAGAUCUGUGCCAUCUUUUACUUGAACAAAUAAAGCUGGUUCACCAUUUGGUUGUAUGAGGAUGUGAAUGCUGGUGAUGGAACAAUGAUGUCAUACCUCUCGACAAGAUUUCGGAUAGUUUAAUAACACUGUCAGAAGCUGAAUCCAUGGUGGAAGCAGAAGGAUGGUUUGGUAUUACAGAAACUACUUGUCAGGGCUCUGAAGGCUGAAGAAGAGCGCGGAGCGGAACUACUCACUCUUGAUACUCAAAAUUACUUGUCUGUAUGAGAUUAAGUUGUUGGUGUUAUUCAAACUUAGCCCGAAUAGAACCAUUUAUUGUCAGAAAAUCAGUGUCCGUACUGCCUCAAGCAAUGAUUUAACAUAUGUAGAUAUUAUAUACUCGGACGUUUUCUUUC